AUGAGCGACAAGAUAUCCUUUCUACCUCCCGAACCCAUCCAACUACUUGACGAAGACUCCACGGAGCCUGAACUCGACAUUGACUCACAACAAGAAAAUGAGGGACCCAUCAGUGCGUCAAACAGCAAUGAUAGCACUAGCCAUAGUAAUGAUUGCGGUGCCACAAUUACCAGAACAAGACCUAGACGAAGCAGUUCUAUCAAUGCAAACUUUAGUUUUCAAAAGGCUCAUGUCAGCGAUUGCACCAUAGUCAAUGGCGACCAUGGAACAAAGUUUGCUGUCUGGAGAAUUACCGUAUUUCUUGAACCCAACUUGAAGGCUUUUGCGGCCAAGAGGGAAAGCUAUAAAAUCCAAACCUAUAAACGAUACUCCGAUUUCGUCAGAUUACGAGAGAAUUUGCUCACAAGAAUCAAGACAGCGAAACCUGAGAAACUUAACUGUUUGCAGAUUCCACACCUUCCCCCUUCAGUGCAGUGGUACAGUUCUUGGAAAUAUCAAGAAGUGAAUCUGAACAAGGACUGGCUGGCAAAAAGACAGAGAGGGCUCGAGUACUUCCUCAAUCACAUCAUCCUUAACAGCAGCCUCGUAGAAAUGACCAAAGAUAUACUCAUACAGUUUCUAGAGCCUUCAAAACGAGUUGCAUAG